AUGAUCUUGAUCAGAGCGAACGUUACUCUUGUAUGCCUUUUGGGAUUGAGAAAAGCAUCGCUGGUGUCAGCGCGUUCUGGCGCUGCACAUCAGUUUUAUCCUAGUGAUUCACCAACCGAUUGGCAGUGGUUGACGCUUCCUGCCUUGGAAGGCCUUGGUACAAGGGAGCAGAACAGGCCAGCUCGUUUGAGCCCCUCAUUUGCAGGUGGCGCCAUGGGGAUCACCACGUCGACUGCCAGCAGCGGCGAGCAGCUGCACAUCACGCUCAAGCUGCACGAGGUGCACCAGCUCCCGGGGGGGCUCGCGCCCCACGUCACGGGCGAAUCCCCGCUGGCGGGGGGCUGGGAUGCAGGCAAAUCGGUCCCCAUGGAACGCGAGUCACUCUCCACCUGGAGCCUGGCCUUUGUCCUCCCAGCCAGUCAUGAGGAGCUGAAGUUCAAGUUUGUGCUGAAGCCGCGGGGGGUGGCGCACCCAGUGCAACUAGAGGAGGGCCCCGAGCGCGUGUUGAGGGACGGGGAUAUGGAGGGGUCUGUUGCGGCGUCGUUCCGGCUGGGACCCGGGAGGCAGACCGCGGCGCCCGAGAGCGUGCCGAGCACUCCGAAGCUGGGGGCGCUGCUCGAGUUUCCGGUGGAUCUGCAGGUGGAGAAGGUGUCGCCGUUUGUGCUGGCGGCCAACUACAAGGCAAUGAAGGAACGGCAGCAGUCCCGCAGCGUUGGGGUCCGGCGCGGUCUCGGCGCCAUGUCCCUCGAUCCCACCCCCGAGAACUCCCAGGUGUCAGGGGGCUCCUCUGACGACCUGCAGCGCUUUGAGGUGCCCACCAAGUCUACCUCGCCGCACUACGUCGCCAACUCAGCAGAGGAGCCCAGGAACCUCUCCCGCUCCGUGUCUGCCCCCCAUACGACCCGCUCGAUACUUAAGAAGCCUGACCAAGGGUUGUCUGACACAGAGUAUCGGAAUAGGUGUGUUUCGAUCAAGGACCUCGUCGUCCUCGAGUCGGAGUCCGUCUCCGAGCCCCCCGCCGUCAAAUCCAUAUCCUCCGCCGCGCCCGCCAUCAAGUCGGGGGUCGAACAGAAGCUCAUGUUCGCCCCCAAGGCCGGCAGCCCAACAUGGGUCGGAACGUCCUUGGGCGAGUCGCCGAGAGCACGGGAACCAACGAGCGCCCGAAGCUCCGAGGACGGCGGUGAGAUGCCGGACGCCGCAGGGGCGGUGGCCGCCGCCGCGAUUGCAGACCGUAUGCUGGGGCCCAAGGAGCGACGACAGCUGGCCAUCAUCCUGGUGGGGCUGCCCGCCCGGGGGAAGACCUUCACCGCAGCCAAGCUGACGCGGUACCUGCGGUGGCUGGGCCACGACACGAAGCACUUCAACGUGGGCAAGUACCGGCGCCUCGUGCACGGCGCCAACCAGAGCGCCGACUUUUUCCGCGCCGACAACCAGGAGGCCGUCGCCGCACGCCACCAGGUCGCGGCGCUCGCAAUGGAGGACAUGCUCGCGUGGAUGGAGGCGGGCGGGCAGGUGGGCGUGUUCGACGCGACCAACAGCACGCGCGAGCGGCGCAACAUGAUCCUGCGCAUGGCGGAGGGCAAGUGCAAGGUCAUCUUCCUGGAGACCAUCUGCACCGACCCCGCCGUCAUCGACCGCAACGUGCGCGAGAAGGUGCGCAGCAGCCCGGAUUACGUCAGCAUCGCGGACCCCGAGGCCGCGAUCCGCGACUUCAAGGGGCGCAUCGAGAACUACGAGCGCGCGUACGAGCCGGUGAACGAGGGUAGCUACGUCAAGCUGAUUGAUAUGGCGAGCGGCUCGGGGGGGCAGAUGCAGAUCAACAACAUCAGCGGGUACCUCCCGGGGCGGAUCGUCUUCUUCCUGGUGAACACGCACCUGGCGCCGCGGCCGAUCCUGAUCACGCGGCACGGCGAGUCCCAGGACAACGUGCGCGAGCGCAUCGGCGGCGACUCGUUCCUGAGCCCCAACGGCGAGGCCUACGCCAAGAAGCUGGCCGAGUUCGUGACCAAGCGCCUGGGGAGCGAACGAGCGGCGUCGAUUUGGACGAGCACGCUCCAACGGACGGUCCAGACGGGGUCGUUCAUCACGGGCUUCCCGCGCGUGCAGUGGCGCGCGCUGGACGAGAUCAACGCGGGCGUGUGCGACGGGAUGACGUAUGCGGAGAUCAAGGAGGUGAUGCCCGAGGAGUACCAGGCCAGAAAAUUGGACAAGUUGCGGUACCGGUAUCCCCGCGGCGAGUCGUACCUUGACGUCAUCCAGCGGCUGGAGCCCGUCAUCAUCGAGAUCGAGCGCCAGCGAUCCCCGGUUGUCGUUGUCGCCCACCAGGCCGUACUGCGCGCGCUGUACGCGUACUUCAUGGACAAGCCGCUCAAAGAAGUGCCGCACAUCGAGAUGCCCCUGCAUACGGUGAUCGAACUCAGCCCCGGCGCCGGGGGGGUAUACGAGAAGAGGUAUAAGCUGAUGGAGGCUAAGGGGCCCGACGUUCCGUAAGCAGGUCAAGGUAUGCCGCUCGAAAAGUGCAGGUACUGCAGAAGGCUCUCGAAAUAUUUGAAUCUCAUUCUUUCAAGCCCAUUUGCGGCAUUGCUCACUAGAUUUCCGUCAUCUUCUUCAAGGCAAGCCAUGGCUAAGCUAGCCUGAAGAUCGUACGGCCUGAUUGGAGGUUUGAAAAACGGGCCGCAGGUGC